UGCCGAGAGCGAGCGCGCGGGGCGGAGCUUGGCGAAGACAGGGAAGGGGUAGCAGCGGCUCCGGCUCUUCGAGUCGGCGGCUCCCUCGGGCGCUGCUACGCGGACGUGGAGUCCGCAGGGCGGGUGGCCGCGGAUCCCGGGUGGCACGCUCAGCUACGGGCAGAGGCGACAUGAGUGCUGCGGGGCUGUUAGCUCCAGCUCCGGCCCCGGCUGGAGCGCCGCCGGCUCCGGAGUACUACCCUGAGGAGGACGAAGAGCUGGAGAGCGCCGAGGACGACGAGCGCAGCUGCCGGGGCCGCGAGUCGGACGAAGACACUGAGGAUGCUAGCGAAACUGACCUGGCAAAGCAUGAUGAGGAAGACUAUGUAGAAAUGAAGGAACAGAUGUAUCAGGAUAAACUGGCUUCUCUCAAGAGACAGUUGCAACAACUGCAAGAAGGUACAUUACAGGAAUAUCAGAAGAGGAUGAAAAAACUAGAUCAGCAGUACAAAGAGAGGAUACGAAAUGCAGAACUCUUCCUCCAGCUGGAAACUGAACAAGUGGAAAGAAAUUACAUCAAAGAAAAGAAGGCGGCAGUGAAAGAAUUUGAAGACAAGAAGGUUGAGCUGAAAGAGAACCUGAUUGCCGAGCUAGAAGAAAAGAAGAAAAUGAUUGAAAAUGAAAAGCUGACGAUGGAACUGACUGGAGAUUCUAUGGAAGUGAAACCCAUCAUGACCAGAAAGUUGCGGAGGCGACCAAAUGAUCCUGUCCCCAUCCCAGACAAGAGGCGAAAACCUGCUCCUGCCCAGCUAAACUAUUUGUUAACAGAUGAACAGAUCAUGGAGGAUCUGAGAACAUUAAAUAAGCUGAAGUCACCCAAGAGACCAGCAUCCCCGUCCUCUCCCGAACACUUGCCCGCCACACCUGCAGAGUCUCCAGCCCAGAGGUUUGAAGCACGGAUAGAAGAUGGCAAACUGUACUAUGAUAAAAGAUGGUACCACAAGAGCCAGGCCAUCUACCUAGAGUCAAAGGACAACCAGAAAUUGAGUUGUGUGAUCAGCUCUGUCGGAGCCAAUGAGAUCUGGGUGAGGAAGACAAGUGACAGCACCAAGAUGAGGAUUUACUUGGGCCAGCUUCAGCGCGGGCUCUUCGUGAUCCGCCGGAGGAGAACACCAAGCCCUAGCCGUGAGUGCCAGCAGAAUGGCUCAUAGCAACACCGAGGCCAAGCUGAUAAAAAGUGACCAGCUGAGUGUUCCCUGGAGAGGAAUGAGGCCCACCCCGCCCUGCAGCAGUUCAGCAGCCUGUCUCGCAGGAAGAUUUGUGUAUCUGAAGCACCAGUGCAGGGAUUCUCAUAGUACAUGAGCUGAUUCUAAAAUGUUCAAGAACACUUAAAAAUGUUCAUUGUUAUGUAGUUAUGGUAAUAUAAUUGGAAUGACCAUAAUACAACUAAAUAUGCAGUAAAAUGGAGGUUCACGAGGGCAGGGACUUUUGUCUAUUUUGUUCAUGGCUGUAGACUCAGCACCUAGGACAGCUGCUGGCACACAGUGGUGCCCAGCAAAUGAGUGAAUG